GCUCACAGUGGAAAUGUACUGGUGCUUCCUGGUGAAUACAGUCACUAGCACAACAUGCACAUAAUCAGAUAUCUCCUCUGCUGUUGGGAAUAAAGGUCAAAGUUUUGUUUUCACGUGAUAGAUGUGGAGGUUUGCAGGUUUUGUGCUCUGGCUUAUUCCAUGUGUGAGCUACAAGGCUGCUCAUCCUGCAAUCAUGAGUGCACGUGGGAGAGCUGCUCUCUGCCUUCUUUUCCUGCUCAGUCUGAACCAAACUCUGCUGUGUGUGACAGCAGGGAAAAUCCUCGUCUGGCCUUCGGAAUUCAGUCACUGGCUUUACAUGAAAAUCAUCAUCGAUGAGCUUAUAACGAGAGGACACAGUGUGACCAUCGUUACUCACAGUGCUACACCAUCUGUAAUGACAGAGCAGUCUCCGGGCUACAAUGUGGAGAUCAUACAGGUGCCUCACAGCAAGAAGGACAUUAUUGACAACUGGGACAGGCUUUUGAACUAUUCGAUGUAUGACCUGCCAAAUACCAACAACAUCCAGGGUUUUCUGAAGCUCACUGAAAUUAUUAACAAUAUAAUCGAGCAGAAUCAAGUGCUAUGCAGAGCGCUUUUUGCACGUGAAGAUCUGCUGGAGAAGUGGAGAAAGGAAAAGUUUGAUGUUCUUCUGACAGAUCCUGUGACUGUAUGUGGGGAACUGUUAGCACAGAAGCUCAACCUGCCGUUCAUCAACAGUGUGAGGAUCAGUUUUGCGAGUUUUAUUGAGCGAUUCUGUGGUCAGCUGCCGACACCACCAUCAUAUGUGCCAGCUGUUGGCAUGGGCUACACGGAUCACAUGGAUUUCCCACAGAGAGUGAAAAAUAUAUUGUUUAUUGUCUUUCAAGAUAUAAUGUAUAAUCUAAUGGCCAAGUUGAAAUGGGAUCACCUCUUUACAGAAGUCAUGGGCAAACCCACAACAAUAUGUGAAACUAUUGGCAAAGCUGACAUCUGGUUAGUCCGCACGUAUUGGGACUAUGAAUAUCCACGGCCACUCCUCCCAAACUUCAAAUUUGUGGGUGGCUUACAUUGCAAGCCUGCAAAACCUCUACCAAAAGACAUGGAGGACUUUGUGCAGAGCUCGGGAGAUGACGGUAUUGUAGUGUUUUCAAUGGGUUCCAUGGUUAAAAACCUCACCAAAGAGAGAGCGAACACCAUCGCUUCAGCGCUCGGCCAGAUUCCCCAAAAGGUCUUGUGGCGAUACACAGGCGAGAAACCAGAAGCUCUUGCUUCUAAUACUAGACUCUAUGACUGGAUUCCCCAGAAUGAUUUACUAGGACAUCCUAAAACCAAGGCCUUCAUCACCCAUGGUGGGCUUAAUGGAAUAUAUGAAGCGAUUUAUCAUGGAGUUCCCAUGGUGGGCCUGCCGCUGUUUGCGGAUCAGCCUGACAAUAUAAAUCACAUGAAAACCAAAGGAGCUGCUGUUAUGCUUGACUUUAACAAAAUAGAGACCAACGACUUGAAGCAAGUGGUCGAUGUUGUCAUUAACAAUCCAUCCUACAAGGAGAGCAUGAUGAGACUAUCUCGAAUCCACCACGAUCAACCAGUGAAGCCGCUAGACCAGGCCGUCUUCUGGAUUGAGUUUGUGAUGCGCAAUAAGGGGGCCAAGCACCUGAGGGUCGAAGCCCAUAACCUCACGUGGUAUCAGUACCACUGCUUGGACGUGGCAGCCUUUUUGCUUUCUGUAAUCGCACUAGUCGUGUUCAUCUUUGUGAAAACAUGUAGUUGGCUCUUCCGUAAAUGUUUCAGAAAGACUCCAGCUAAGAGCAAGAAAGAGUGAAGCAUUCAUAUAUGAAUGUAUUAAUAAGUAUUGUGAUAUUUUGACAUAGAUUUUAGGAAUAACACACACUGUUACAUGGACAUUAUACAUUCCGGAGGUUUUUACUGUUUAUACAGUGCAGUAUAGUACUGUAUGUCCAGAUUUACUUUUAAAUGAUACCAACACUAUUGAGAACACAGCAAUUACACAGAGAUUUUUAUCUGCUUCAUGUAUAGUGUGGCUUUGUUUUUUUAAGAAAGAUUGAAAUAAAGAUUUUUUAUCGUAUUUACUGAUACAGUAAAA